AUGGCGAGCGCUGGGCUGCGGGUUCUGUCCGCCGCAAGGAUUGCCCUCUCCUACGGCCCCAGCUAUACCUUCGUCCUUCUUCUUCGUGUACUCGUCCUCCUCAACAGGCCCGACAUUGAGGAUAGGCAGAAUCGGAUUGUUGCCAAGACUCCUGGAAAACUCCAAUACAGCUACGACUUCAUCGUCGUCGGCGCUGGAUCUGCGGGUGCCGUCCUCGCCAACAGGCUGUCGGAGCUCCAUGGGGUCACAGUGCUGCUGAUAGAAGCUGGCGGCCCAGAGCCUGUUCUCUCAGACCUUCCCGUCCUAUACUCAGCCCUGCAAACGACCACCAUUGACUGGCAGUAUGAAACAGAGCCGUCCACCAGGUCUAACCUCGGCAUGAAAGGAAACCGAUCAAAGUGGCCGAGGGGUAAAUGCCUUGGCGGAUCCAGCGUCCUCAACGCCAUGCUCUACAUCCGCGGCAACCCGUUGGACUACGAAGAGUGGGCGGCGGCCGGAAAUCAUGGUUGGAGUUACAACGAUGUGCUUCCAUACUUCAAGAAGUCGGAGAACAUGAGAGUGGCGGGCUACGAAAGGGACCCAUUUCAUGGACGCGGGGGUUACUUAGGCGUAGAAGAACUCCGCUACUAUUCUCCAAUCACUGACGCCUUCUUGGAAGCCGGCCUAGAACUUGGCUACCCGAUCCGUGAUGUCAACGGUUACAACCAGACAGGGUUCACCAAAUCACACUGCACACUACGUGAAGGUCUCAGAUGCAGCACUGCUAAAGCAUUCCUACGUCCGAUCAGACAUCGCAAAAAUUUGCAUGUUAUCCUCUACUCCGAUGUCCAAAAGAUCCAUAUUCGCAGAACUCGACAAGGAUUUUUAAAAGCUGUCGGGGUCAGCUUUAGUAGACUCGGGCUGAAGGACAUUAAAGUAUUCGCCAAAAAAGAAGUAAUUCUCUCUGCCGGCUCAAUCAAUUCUCCACAGCUUCUCAUGCUCUCAGGGAUAGGCGAUCGACAACACUUGGCGGAGAAGGAGAUCCCAGUGCUUCACCACCUUCCAGGAGUGGGCAAGAACUUGCAGGACCAUGUGGCCAUGGGAGGGGCGACCUACCUUAUCGAUUCUCCUGGCGACGACGGUCCUAUGGGUUCGGCCUUCGUCCUUCCAAGGCUGCUCACCAUCAACUCCCUCAGAACCUUCAUCAAGAACCACACCGGCCCACUGUACGCUCUGCCCACCACUGAGGCUAUGGCUUUCGUAAAGACAAGGUACGCAGAAGACACGCCUGAUAUCCAACUGUUCUUCGCAACUUCUGGGGACAAUUCCGAUGGUGGUAUCUUCGGCAGGCGCAACAACGGACUCAGUGAUGAAUACUACGCUACAGUAUUUGAGCCUAUAUUGUACAAAGAUUCCUUCACCAUCCUGCCCUUGCUCCUAAGGCCAAGAAGUAAAGGAUACAUCCUCCUCAAGGACUCCGACCCAAAGUCCAGACCUCUCAUUCACGCUAAUUACUUCCAGGACGAACACGAUCUAGAUGUUUUGGUUGAAGGAGCAAAACUGGGUUACACACUCGCACAGUCAGCAGCAAUGAGCCGCUAUAAUCCCAAGCUGCACAACAUAUCCUGCCCUGGAUGCGAACAUUAUCCUUUUCUAUCUGAUGGCUACUGGAGGUGUCAGGCUCGCCACUACACGAUGACCAUUUACCAUCCGGUUGGUACAUGCAAGAUGGCGCCUCCUUCGGAUCCUCUUGCAGUUGUUGACAACCGACUUCGAGUCUACGGUGUAGCAGGUCUUCGGGUUGUGGACGCCUCUAUAAUGCCCACCAUCCCUCGAGGAAACACUAACGCUCCGACUAUCAUGGUGGCAGAGAAGGCUGCAGACAUGAUCAAGGAAGACUGGGGUUUAUUCCGGACCCACUACCUCCAUUAUUGGCCAUGA